AUGCCCGCCCCUACAAAUGGCCGCUCCAAGGGAGCUAAGAAUUCCAACUCCUUGACGGUCGUGUUGAAGCUAUCCGCCAGCGCCCUCCAACAGUUUGAGAAGAACCAAAAUACACCUGACAUGAAGGGCCAAGAACGGCCUUCUCCAUCUUCAUCGACCGAACUGCCCGUGAUCCGACCCUCAUCCGCCGACAAUGGCUCCGACGAUGCGAACUCGACCCCCGUCACAGAGGCAACUCCAGGCGACACGCCACGCCGGAAGGGUGUUCCGGGUCCCAAACCCGGCAACAAGAGAACAAAUGGACAAACCGAACCCGGCGCCAGGUCGCGAGGACGCCCAGGCCCAAAGAAGAAGCCCAAGCUUGAGGAAGGAGGAGACGUCGCCAAGCUCCCUGCCGCCCAGCGUCUCGGACCUAAAGCGAACACUGGCGCCAUCAACGCCGGCCUGCGCGCCCUCGACCGCACCGGGGCUGCUUGUCGCAAGUGGGAGCGCAAGCCCUUGCAGUUGAGAAGCUUCACAGGCAUCCUCUGGCAGCUACCGUCAUGGCGCACGCCCGGCUCAGACAAAUCGGACCACUUGAUCGAUACCAAGGUGGCUGUCCUCGAGAGCGGGGAUAGCGAUACCAAGGCCAUGCUCACAGCCCCGGGCACCGACACGCUCGGUAGCAGCGCCGUACCCAGCGAGAAGAGCAAUUCUGGAGACGGCGACCUCACCCCGGCUUCGCAUAUGGUUGCGCCUUCGUCACCGGCUAUUGCGAUGGCAGCGUGA